AUGGUUAAUGAUAAUAGUCAGAUAAAAGAAACAAAUAAUAAAGAAAAAGGAUAUCAAGUUGAGUAUCUCCAAGAAAACUCAGAGACCCAAAUAGCUGCUAUAGAAGAGGUUUUCCAGGUUAUUGCUCAAAAUUACUUCCCUGAAGAUCUUGAUGAAGAAAUGGAAAUGGUUUCCCAGAACCCUAAUGCUGAAAACAGAUGGGAAGAAGAUAUAAACAGUAACAUUGAAUACCUACAAGACCUUUUGACCGAGUUGGCCAUAGAAGCCGAAUUAGAGAUAACCUGGUCAACCAUGAAUGGGUACCAGAAUGAAUAUAUACAAAAUACUAGUUCUGAAGAUGAGGUUCAGCCUAUGGAAUUGGAUGAAGUAUACCUUAUCGACAUAUCUCAGUGGGGUGAGCUAACUACAGGGCUCGAAUUUGAAGAAACCAAUGAAUAUCAUGAAAAUGCUGUUGCUUACUUUGGUCUUGACCCAAGCUGGCACGAGGCUGAUUAUAGUGACUUUUUUCCAGAAAUUCCAGGCUUGAACUUUGACUCUGAAGACUGGUCUCAACCAAUGGACACUUAUAUUGACUAG